AUGGAUGAAGUACAGGAGAUGAUGGAAGCUUUAGCUAUAAACGAAUCAUUGUUCUAUGAGUAUGUUGAUCUUAAAUACGAGUUCGAUGCAUGUCAGUUCUUUGAUUUUUCUGUAGAUGAAACGGAUUACGAUGUACAAGAAGCAGAACGCUGGUUUAGAUAUGCUCGUGAAUAUCCACCUGCUCCUUACAUGAUUAAGAUCAAGUUGACUGAAGUAACAACAAGUUUUCCUGCGAAUGUUCACUCAACAAACACACCAAAACCAGAAGCUGAUGAAUCUAUUAGUGCUUCCAUACUUACUCCUUCAGAUUGGAGAAUGCCAUCUCCAGAAGAGAAAACUGAAGGUCUAAAAUAUCAUAAUUUGUUUGCUGAUGAUGAUCAUACUGUGAAAGCUAAACCGAAGUCUGCAAGCAAAUUAUGUAAACAAAGUAGAACAUUCAUGAAACCUACUGCUAGCCAUUUAGCCAAGCAGAUUAACUCGGUAGAUAUACAAACUCAUAGUGGAUGUGAAGUGGAAGACACCAAAAGACAGAAGUUAGAGAUUGGGUUCUUGCGUAAGGUUGCACAACUGAAGCACCGGACCCCAUUUUCACACAAGAUGACUGCAAAGUUAACGUGGGGAACAAAAAAGAAAAAAUAG